ACAAGUUUCCUUGUGGAUCACCAUUAGUAGCAACCCUCUCAGUCUAGCCAGCCAUGUCUCUGUGUUCAUUUCUAAAGGGGAAAAGUCCAAAGCACCAUUAUUCCCCUUUCAAGAAGGAACCUUUUGGAAGGUCCUUUCAGCAGCCACACCAAGACUAUGAGACCUUGUUGGAAACAUGCCUGAGGAACAAUUGCCUCUUUGAGGAUCCCAACUUUCCAGCUGACAUGAAUUCCAUUGGCAGAGGGUCCCUGCUGCAGAAGCUGCCCCCAACCCUGCACUGGAAGAGACCUAUUGAGCUGCAUGAUAACCCUGUAUUCUAUUCAACCAAAGCAGAAAGGCUGGGCCUGUGCCAGGGAGUAGUAGGAAACUGCUGGUUCUUGGCUGCACUGGAAGCUCUUACAUUCCAUGGGGACAUUCUAAACCGGGUUGUACCUCUGAACCAGAGUUUCACCAAGAGGUAUGCUGGCAUCUUCCUCUUUCGGUUCUGGCAUUUUGGUGAAUGGAUUCCUGUCGUAAUUGAUGACCGUCUACCUGUAAAUGAGGCUGGUCACCUGGUCUUUGUCUCUUCUACCUGCAAAAACUUGUUCUGGGCAGCUCUACUGGAGAAGGCCUAUGCCAAGCUCUCAGGUUCCUAUGAAGACCUGCAGAUUGGGCAUGUUUCAGAAGCUUUUGUGGACUUCACAGGAGGCGUGACAGCUACAAUUCAACUAUCAAAGGCCCCUCUAGACCUCUGGGACAUCCUCACCAGAGUUGCUUCCAAGAGAUCCCUCAUUGGCUGUCAGACUCACUCAGGAGAAAGGAUUCUGAAUAAUGGACUGGUGGAUGGUCAUGCAUAUACUGUCACUGGAAUCAGGAAGGUGACUUGUCAUAAUAGGCCUGAAUACCUGGUAAGGCUGAGAAACCCUUGGGGAAAGGUUGAAUGGAAAGGAGACUGGAGUGACAGGUCAAAAAAAUGGGAUCUCCUAAAUCCAAAGGAGAAGAUUCUGCUUCUGCGGAAAGAUGAGGAUGGAGAGUUCUGGAUGUCCUUCCAUGACUUUAAAUUCCAUUUUGUGUCUCUGGUCAUCUGUCAGCUGACACCAGACCUGAUGAGUCAGGAAGUGGGAAAGAAGUGGAUGUGCUCUCUGAGUACUGGGAGAUGGGUGAAGGGCAGCACAGCCGGUGGCCGGCUAAGGCAUCACGCAGAAACAUUUUGGAUGAAUCCACAAUUUCAACUUACUGUCCUAAGUGCUGAUGAAAGCAAGAAGUCCUCAACACCCUGCAGUGUCUUGGUUUCGCUUAUGCAGAAGUCGAAGAGCCUUCACCGCAACCAAAUGAAGCAUCUCCCCAUUGGCAUCUUUCUUUUCAGGGUGAAUGAGGUGAGUCUACAGCUUUGGAAGGGCAACCAGCGGCUGCCCCAGGAGUUCUUCCAGCGAACCAUGCCAUUGUUCAUUCCCAGAGACUUUCAGACAGAACGGGAAGUGAGCUAUGAGUUUUCCCUGGAGCCAGACACUUACCUCAUUGUUCCCUGUACUUCUGAGCCUUGGCAGGAAUCUGAAUUCAUCCUAAGAGUCUUUUCCAGGAAGCAUGCCUUAUAUGAAAUGGGCAGUAAUUUCAGCUUUAUUCUCCCUAAGGAGAUAGUUGACAAAUAUGAAGGAGGGGAGGAAUUCUUCACCAAACUAUUUGAAAAAUGCCCAGAAAUAAAUGCAAUUCAAUUGCAGAAGAUUCUGAAUAACAUGACCUGGAAGUACCUGUCUAAUCCGCAGCCCACCUUCAGUAUGGAUGCUUGCCUAGGGAUUCUGGCGCUGCUUGAUUUUAAUGCCACAGGGACUGUGGGCAUUCAAGAAUUCAGGUACCUGUGGAAGCGACUAUUGAUCUAUCAGGAAGUUUUCCACAAACAAGACAAACACAAGUCAGGAUUUCUGGAAUCAGGGCAACUGCGGGCUGCUGCUCAGGAAGCUGGAAUUUUACUCAGUGAUGAGGUGUGCAAUCUGAUGGCUAUUCGCUAUGGCAACUCCAACAGGAAGAUUGGCUUUGAGAACUUUGUCUACUUCAUGCUCCGAGCGGAGAAUGUGGAAGGUGCCUUUCAAAACGUGACCCAGGAUAACAAAGGAAUAUAUCUUCUGAAGUCAGAGUCAGAGCAAGCCACCUAUGACAGCGGCCCAAAUCCUCUUCUGCUGAAACUAUCAUGGAACAAAGAAAGGAAGCCUUUGAGUCUCGCUGUUACCCCUCUGACUUCAAGAAAGUCCUGUCUGCGGCUGGCUGGCCAGCCAGCGGUGGUUUAUCUCUGGGCCUUUACUCUGUACUACUCUGCUGCCAUCACUGAUGGCUUCUCCUUUAAGCCUACAAGUGGGGAGAGGGACGGAAGGGGGAACGGUUGCGUGUCUGAGAAAGGACCCAGGAAGAGGCGCGGAUCUCACUUCCAGGGGGCCUCCAAAGUUGGCCCCCGAGCUCCGGGAUUCAGGCGCGUGCUGGAAGUGCCCCGGGGCACCACCAGGGGCGCUUCUCCCGGGAAGCCGAAGCCUCCUCCCCGAGCGUCUCUCCCUUCUGACCCGAGUGGGUUUUUCCAACGGGCGGAUGCAGCAGGGGCUGGUGGGCGCUAG